AAUACUGCGAACGUCUAUGAAAAAAGUGAUAUUGAAGACUUCUGCUGUUUGUUUCUUCCUGAGCUUUUCGUUUUGUUUGAACAUGCUGCCGGAUACGGUCUGUUUAGAGUCGAUCAGUUUGAAGAGGUGGGAAUGCUUUUACCCCAGAUCGAAGCAUCGGUGACCGAUCUCAGUCGUUUCAACAGUAUAGUGCAACUAGUAGCAUUCUCUCCUUUUAAAACUGCUGUUGUGGCGUUGGAAAAUGCGAAUCACAUAUCAGAAGGUACCCUGACAUCGGAACUACAAUUGUUUUUGGAAACUCAUCUACCACUUUCCAAAAAGAAAAAGUUUACUCUUGGUGUUAGUGAGCCUAAAUUGGCUUCAAGUAUUACAGAAGCUCUGGGAAUUACUUGUACCCAUAUUGGAGUUGUUCCAGAGAUAACAAGAGGUUUACGAAUGCACUUUCCCAAAUUGGUGAAAGGCUUCACUGUUAAAUCAGCUGCUGUAGCGCAACUUGGUUUGGGUCACAGUUAUUCACGAGCAAAAGUGAAAUUUAAUGUAAAUAGAUCAGAUAACAUGAUCAUCCAAAGCAUUGCAUUGCUUGAUCAGUUGGAUAAAGAUGUGAAUACAUUUUCAAUGAGGAUCCGUGAAUGGUACUCUUAUCAUUUUCCGGAGCUUAUUAAAAUUGUGCCCGAGAAUUAUAUGUAUGCUAAAGUUGCCCAGUUCAUUAAGAACAGGAAAGAGUUGGAUGAAAGUAAGCUGGAGGGACUGGAAGAAAUUGUUUUGGAUAGUAGCAAAGCAGAAGCUAUUCUCAAUGCUUCACGCUCUUCAAUGGGAAUGGACAUUUCUCCAAUUGAUCUUUUGAACAUAGAAACUUUUGCUGGAAGAGUUAUUGCAUUGGCUGAUUAUCGUCAAAAACUGUCGGAUUAUUUGCGAUCAAAAAUGAGUGAUGUAGCUCCCAAUCUGGCUACACUGAUUGGUGAACAAGUUGGUGCAAGGCUUAUUGCUCAUGCGGGUUCAUUGACAAAUUUAGCCAAAUGUCCAGCAUCUACUGUCCAAAUUCUUGGUGCUGAGAAGGCCCUUUUCAGGGCAUUAAAAACGAGGGGAAAUACCCCAAAAUAUGGUCUUCUUUACCACUCCUCGUUUAUUGGACGUGCAGGAGCAAAAAAUAAGGGCAGAAUCUCAAGAUACCUGGCCAACAAGUGCUCUAUUGCCUCAAGAAUUGAUUGUUUUUCUGACUAUGUCACCAAUGUGUUUGGUACAAAGCUGCGUCAGCAAGUGGAAGACAGACUGAAAUUUUAUGAAGUAGGAGAAAUACCGCGGAAGAACAUUGAAGUAAUGCAGGAAGCAAUUCAAGAAGCAAGUGCUCUUGAGGAGGCUGCAAAGAAGGAGGCGAAGAAAAAGAAAAAGAAGAGUAAGAAACGUUCCCUGGAUGUGAGCAAUGGGGUUGAAGAAAUGGAAAUGGAAGUUGAAGCACUUGAAGUUACAGAACCAUCUCCAAAGAAGAAAAAAAAGAAGAGCAAGAAAAAUGCAGAGGACUAAGAUGCUUCAUCUCUAUUUUCUACAUACAUUGUGUUAUAACAUUUUUAAUUUCUUGUUUAGCUUGCAAGUUGAACAAAUGUUUAUUUUAUUACAAGAUUCUUGUUCUUACUUUAUUGGUAAAGAGCGUUAUAUUGCCCCUUUGUGGCAAAAUAAAGGAGUACAAGAAAACAUGUUUAUCAAGACGAAUUUAUUUCUGGGCUCCAUGGUGGAAAUGUGUUACUCAUCUGGAAAAUGUAGAAUGACAUAUUUCUGGAAAAGUGUUGCAGAAAUUAUUCUGUAUCAAAGUACAGAAAUUAUGCUGGGAAACUGUUAUAAUUCGUCAAUGUGAGUGUACUAAGGAGAGGAAAAGAAUGUGAUGCAGUGAGUAGCAGUCAGAGAAAGAGACCUUUUUCAAAGGCCACAUGUAGACAUCAUAAAAAUUAUUUAAUAGUCAGAUGCAGUAAUGAGUUGAUGUUAAAUUUCAUAGCUGAAUAUUUGUAAAUGGAAUAGGCCAUGUAAUGAGUAGAAUUGAAAGAUGUCUAUAUCAACAGUUCUUAUGUAAAAAAUGGUAAAGACAACUUUCUUUUUCACUUGAAUUCUAAUGGCAACAUCCCCUUACCAAUUACCCAUUUAAACCAUUACAGUCCUUUGUCCCUUGUGGCAGGAUAUAUCUUUUCCUCGUAGCAGACCGUUUAAAUCCCCCAAGUACUAGUUAGCACAGAUCUGGCAUGCUGCAGCGUAAGAAACUACACUUGGGCUCUCCCUCCUCCCCUAUUAUUUUUAUUGUGACAAAAAAUUUCAUCCUUCUCCUUUCACUGAGUGUCACCAUUGACGAGCGAAGGAAAAUGUCUAGUGGAGUAUUUUUCUAAUACUAUGUUAGACCAAGAGGAUAGGGUUCUUUUAUGGAAAUAGUUCAUUGAGCAUCCUGCACAUCCACCAUUGAUCAUACACACUCUGUAUGCUUCAUUGGCAUGGAAGUACUAGAAACAAAUCAAAACUGCAUCAAGGCCACCCUCAUAAAGGGAAGGAUGGAUGUUGCCGGAAACAAUAUACACAGCAAGGGCAAAAAUCAUGCGAUAACAAAUGAAUAUAAAACGAGCCAACCUUGCACAAAGCAGCCAGUAUGCCUUGUGAUGUCUGCCACCACGGUACUCUCGUGUACUACUGUCUCCUCUGUGCAGCAGGUAGUCAGUGUUGAACUCCAGAAGGCUGCCAAGCGUAUUUGCAAAAUCUAGAUCUUCUCUCCUACAAGGUAAGCCAUGCCGACUGCUUGGGAAUGGAACAACCAAACACCCAAUCCCGACGAAUUUCAGUUGAUAACAUCUUGUCUACUUGCACCUCACUUGACUGCUUCACUUUCAGCUCACACACUUUAAUAGCAAGACGAACAUACGGUUAUGGGUCCCCCUUCUCUGCCAUCCCCCCCAAAAAAUUGUACCGAAAAUCUUCCAUAAGACCAUGGAUGAAUACGACAACCAGCUCGAUACCACACAGACAGUACUGUUACACCUUCACUGCCUGUGACUCCCGACUCGAGACACCAUCAACGCCUACAAAGAGAGUUGGACAGGAAAAUCCAAGCCCAUUAGCUUCACCUUUGCUGAUAGCAGAGACCACUUUUAUUUUGUCUACAAAUCCACAAGAGGCAACGACGGUCACUUCAUGGAACGACUUGCUGAGAGUCUUAAAUUCAGAAGUGACCUCUAUGCAGAGGCACAUAUCACAAUACAACUCAUCAGAUUCCUUACAACAUUUGUGCUAUAUCUUUUGCAUGAAGGUAUAUGCAAAUUUGGCCUCCUUGGAAGUGGUCUGGCAGAAUUAGUAGAAGAAAUUGGCUUAUGUAUCGGAACUAUCGAAAAUACAGAUACUUCCCACACCACACCCUCAUCAAAAAUAUUUUGAGGAUUCGAAAGACAAAAAAAAUUGCACUCAAGCACUUUUUUCUUUUCUUUUUCAUCCCUUCUCUUUCUUCUAUCCUAAUUCAUGAUACAUAACUAUGUAAAUUAAUGUUUGGUGCACAGUUCUGCACAGCACCAAAUCACCAAUAAUGCCUGUAGAUUACAUAUCAGCUGAGCCAUCUCUACAGUCAUUUUCUUCAUGUACUUUAGAAUCACUCAAGAUAGUUUUCAUAUUCUUAGUUUUCUAAAGAAUGUUUACAAAUUUACUCAAGUCAUGUUGUGGCAACCUUGAACACUUGUUUCAAAGCCAUCAAAAGUACAACUGCAGCCUCCAAAGCAAACAGAUUUAAAAUGACAAAAAGCAGGCCAAAUCUGUUGAAAGUGAAAGAAAUUACUGCCUAAUCUUUCCUGAAGAGAAUUAGUUGUACUGAUAACGGGUGAUAUCUACCAGAGUGAAAUAACACUAAGUUGAAAAUAUAUCCUGCCCCAUGGGACAAAGGACCAGAACUAGGAAAGUGAAAGUCCUGCUGUGCAGGGCAUAGGACUGCAUGACGAAGGAAAUGAAAAAAGAAAAAAGGACUGCAAAGGGUUAAUACUGAUUGCACUGAGAUGGUAAUUAUUAUAGAUUGUCCGUAAUGUUUACAGAAUAGACCUCUAUGGUAACUAUUCUAUUCUAUUAUUUUUUUAAACUUUAAAACAAAUGGAGACUUACAUCUCCAGACUGUCAAAUGUAAUAUAGAUGAAUAAUAUAGCAAGUUUACCCAAGUGAAGGAAAAUUCCUGUAAUAUAAUUUAUAACAAUGUAUUUGUGCUCCCUGAAUACCCUCCUCUUACUGAACAAGUUUUUUUGUUUUAAUUUUUAAUGCUUUAGAACGAAUUAUUGAAAUAAAAUUAUUUCUAGUUCAAAAAAAUGUUCUUUAAAA